AUGAAGAUUCUCACCAAAGAACAGGAAGACGCCCACUACAAUGCCGUUCUCAAGGGCGGUUCGGUCGGCGGCGUCCUGGGCCUGGCUGCAGGCUAUGCCGGCGUCGCACUCGCCUCCCGCCGCUGGGCCACCAUUCGAAACCUCACCUUACCCAUGAAAGCCUUCCUCGUCACCUCAGCCGGCAGUUUUGCCGCCGUCAUUGCCGCAGAUAUCAGUUCUCGAGAUUUCGACUUCAGCCUGCAUCAGGAAAAGCGUCUGGUUGAGGAGCGACGAGCGCGCAUCCGGCAUGAAGAAUGGUCUCGCAUGACUACAAUGGAGCGUGUGAUGGACUUUGCCCGCCGAGAAAAGUACAAGAUUAUCGGUGUUACCUGGCUUGCCAGCAUGGUCGGCUCGUUCGUGCUCGUCGGCCGCAAUCCAUACCUCAGCGGACAACAGAAGCUUGUACAGGCCCGUGUGUACGCGCAGGGCUUGACGUUGGCCGUGCUCUGCGCUUCCGCGGCGUUUGAGAUAUCAGACCAAAGAAAGGGCCAGGGAGUCCUGGAUGCUCUGAAGGCCAAGAAGGCCAGAGAAAAUAUCAACGAGCAACACGCGUCUGAGGACCUCUGGAAGGACAUGGUUGACGCAGAAGAGGAGCGGAUGAAGCAUAAACAAGACAAGUCUGUCAAAGCCAGGCACUGA